CAAUACGCGAAAAUAACUGUCAUGUUGCCUUCACCAAACCGGAAAGGUGACUUUUGACGCAACGCGUGUACGUCUGUGGCGUGUGUUUGUGCGUCUGUGGCGUGUGUGUGUGUGUGUGUGUGUGUGUGUGUGUGUGUGUGUGUGUGUGUGUGUGUGUGUGUGUGUGUGCGCGCGCGCGCGCGUGGGGUGUGUGUGUUUGUGUGUUAGAGAGAGAAGGCGAGAAAGAGAGGUGUAGCACAAACAGGUGUAUCCAAAGCAGGUAGAGCUGCGCCUUCGUUGCGCCAACAACACUGAAGGGAUUUCCGCUUUUAACGGACUGAUUUUCCACAACCGAAACUUUAAAAAGAGACUUUAUUAAUAAAGAUAAAGACACGAUUAAGGAUGACCCGGCAGCAGGAGGCGUGAAUCCGCCUGCUUGCUUCUUAAGCAUAACCUGUCAUUACGGAUACUAACUACCUGGACAGAUGAGCGUUAUUCCAGCGCGGAUAUCGUCCCAAUUUGCGCACAUUUCAAAGUAACUGAGGAAGAGGAUGACACCUUUGUUGAACACACUCACUCUGUGUCUCUGUGUCCUCCGGAUCUGUGUGAUACAGGGGGGCUUUGUGGAUCUCCCUUCAGAAGAUCCCAUUCGCUCCUUAGCUGAAGAAGAGACCGCCCUGCCCUGUCGAUACAAGCCAUCUGGUGAUGAUGUGGUGGUGCAGGUAACCUGGUAUAAAGAGAGCGCCGAUUCAAGCAAGGAUCAGAUCAUCACUGCACAUCACACAAAUGGACAGACAGCGUUUGGGUCGUGGUCUCGACAUGUGCGCUUCAAAAGCAGCGACCCCACCGUGGACUCGUCUCUGGUCAUCAUGAACACAGAGGUCUCUCAUGAGGGGAAAUACAUCUGCCACAUCAGCACCUUCCCAUCGGGCAACUUUGACAUGGAGAUGAACGUCAUCGUGUGGACCGUUCCCAUCUCCUCCCUGGACCCUGCGAUUCUGGUGGAGGGACAGUCGUACCGACAGGCCGCUUCAUGCCGCUCUGUAGCCGUCCCGCCCCCCCACAUCUCCUGGGACACAGACCUGAACGGCCAGUCCACCAAUCGCACCUCGGACAAAGGAUCCGUCUCCUCGCUCUACUCCCUGCACCCCCUCAGGAGCAUGAACGGCAAGAAGCUGGACUGUCUGGUGUGGCAUCCCACUCUGCAGGGUCCCCGCAGGAUAAAAAACACCCUGGUGGUUCACUUCCCUCCACAUGCAGAGGUGUCUGGCUACAAUGGAGAAGGAGACUGGUCUGUGGGAAUGCAGAACGCUGCCCUGGGGUGUGUGAGUGGAGGAAACCCCAAACCACACAGUUUCACCUGGAUCAGAAUCGGUGGAGAGUUACCAGAAGGUGUGAUCCCCCACCCGAAUGGAACAUUAGUCUUUGGCCGACCCCUGAGCUCUUCAGAUGGAGGCACCUAUCAGUGUGUGGCAAAGAACAAAGUGGGCGUCGGGAAGGCGGAGGUGCAGAUUGGUGUGAUAGAGACUCCCGAGCAGAGGACAUCACCCGAAGACAUGGUGAUGAUGAUUGUAGGGGGCGUGGCCGGCGGGCUGCUGAUCCUGAUGCUUAUCGUCGUCAUCACUGUGACCUGCCACCACAAACGCAAGAACAAGAAACUGAAGAGGGAGCUGACUGAGAGGAAGGAGGAAAUAAGCACUCUCUCCAGGCAGGCCUCUUUCAGGAGGAUGAACUCCGUCAGCACAGAUGUCAGAGGAGCAACAGAAGAAAACAUCCCUCUGAGGGUGGAGGGAACCACGAGGACCAGCCUGUCAUCCCUCGGGGAGCAAGCUUACUGCCGUGACAGCCGAUCCACAAUCUCUGGUGGGCGUGGAGGAGGAGGAGGGGGAGCGUUCGACUACCUGGGCCGACCAGUCCUGCACAACAACUCUCGGCGGGGGAGGGAGCGUCUUCUGGAUAGAGACGAGGAGAACCGACUCCGAGUGGAAACAUAUGUGAGAAACAGCUCGAUAUCUUUGCAGGAAACCCGUUUCCACCCUCCUCUCACGCCGUCACCCUACCCGGUUGUACAGUCCACUGAGAUCGUCAGACAGCUGAAUGGCAGCGUCAUCAUCCCACUCGAAGGGGGUUCAAGACCGGGAAGUGUCACCAGGAUUAACCCACAACCCCCUCCGAGCUGCACCUACCCGCCUGUGACAGACGAUGAGGAUGAAGUGGAUGAAGGUCUGGGCGGUCCCGCCAGUCAGGAGCAUCCUGACGAUCAAGACAGCGAGACAAACAGCUCCCAGGUGUCGGACGCUCACAGUACUCGCUAUCUGCAGACUAACGGCAUGAUCAGACCCAAAUCUCGACUGAGCCCGAAUGGGGUGAACCCCCAUGCCUCCCUGAUCCACAAGGCCCAGAUAGUUUAGCAUGACAUUGAAAACUACCCGAGUGGCCGGAUCUCAGGCUUGGAGGUGGUUUAAUGGGGGAUUCACUGGAAAAAGGUGGUCAGAACCCGUGUUCUACAUAUCACCACUUGACUCCAAUGAUGCAUCUUCUUUAUUGUGUGGGAACAUGGUGCAAUAGAACCAAGUCUUCAAAGGAGAAAAUGUACUCCAAAGCAUCUCCAGGACUCUUCUGUAUAUCUGCCUACUGUUGAUGAGGUGUGGUGUUAAUCCACCUGCACUACAGACGUUUAAAAAAAAAAGACACUGUUGCAUUUUCAGUGCAGUUACAUUACGACAUUUAAUUUCCUCCUCAGCAACAGUUGUUGCUCUUACACGCUCUACCUAACAGGUGACUGCAGUUCACAUUCCUCUCGUGGGGGAUGUCGAAAGCACUCAAUGACAGUAAAUCAGGAAAUGCAUGAAUAAUACUUGAGGAUGUGUGAGCUCUUAGAGUGCAUUGCGACAACGCAAUACAGAGGGUGGAUUUUUUUUUUUCCUCUGGUGUUGUUUUCAAUUUACCAGUAAUUGUGCCGGUGUUAACUUCUUGUACUUGCACAACGCAGUUUGGGAUCUGAUCCAAAGCAAUGGGCUGGUUCCUCACUAGCCACACCUGGAACAUGCAUACCUCUUUGUAUUGUCUUACUGUCCUCAUGCCUUUGCCUAAAGCACUGAGACAGUUGGGAUUAGAUAAAGACAUCACACCGCCAGAACGUGACUAAGGAGUCCUUUAAAUGUAGUCAUUCUGAGAUUUGUAAAUCUGUACAAAGGUGUAAAUAAUUCCCUUUAAAAACAUUCAAAAUAUUUGUAUAAUACAUCAAUCUAAUUAUCAGUUAUGCACUCGACUGACAUGCCACAAGUUCAGUUGAUUGUCCAGUUCCUUUAUGGCCUCCAUCUUCACAAAGAUAACAUUAAUAACUUAAUUCUCAAAUAUACACACAUUGUAGAAAUAUAGCCAAGAUAUAUAUUUCUGCUUUUUUUAACCAAAAGAGUUUAUUCACUGUAAAUAAAUCUUUAACAUGACACACAAAGUCAAACAGAGUGCAUUGUGAACCUUUACACAUGCACACAAAAGCUGCCAAAUAUUUGUACAAUACAUUUACAUUUUGAAUGUUUUAAUUUUAUUGGAUAAUGUGUCAUUGUGUCGCUUGACAUGGCUACUUUAUUAAAUACAUGUGGACUCUUACACCAGGACAGGUCAGUGGAUAGGGUAGAACACCUGGGAGAGAGAGAGCUUAAGAAAGAUGGGAGCCAAAGGUUGGACCAGGAACCGGGCCGCCAGCACAUGGGCGCCACCCAACAGCUAGGCCAUCCAUCCAAUGAGACAUUGGACUCUUACAUCGGAGACCAUGAGACAAAAAAGCAACCACUGCCAUGGACACACUAUCUGUGAUUUGUCAAGUUUCUCCUGCCAGCUGUAUUAUAGAGUUUAAAAAAAAAAACGGGGAAAGAGAGAGGGGGAACAACAUGCUGUUACAUAUUCUUUUUUUAUAUUUGGGCAAAACCAAGUUUGUUUUUAUCUGUGGAACACUGAUUUUACAACUUUGUUUAUACUUUAUAUGUGCUGGGUAGAGUAGGAAACCGGGGAGAGUAAGAGAGAGAGGAGAGCGACAUGAUGGAAAGGAGCCAAUGGUCGGACCAGAACCUUGGCUGUCCGUACAUGGGCAUGACCCAAACACUAGGCCAUCCAGUGCCCCAUUGGACUCUGACACCAGAGGCCAUGAGACAAAAAAGCAACCACUGCCCUGGACACACUAUCUGCCAUUUCUCAAGUUUCUCCUGCCAGCUGUAUUUUUAUGAAUUCCCAAGAGCAGUAAAUGACUUUCCAAGAGGAAUGUGACAUCAGCUGUUACAUUUUUAUUAUUUUUUUAAAUAUAUUUGGGAAAACAAGUUUGUUUGUUUGUUUUUCUUUGUGAACCACUGAUUUUAUGUCGUUGUUCAUACUUAAUGUGUGCUGAGUAUUGGUGGGCUGUGUUACAACCCUGAAUUGGGAAUCAAUGUGCCAAAGGGAAAAUAUAAAAUCUUUUGCUGGUUUGGCAAAUAUGAAGUAUUAUUUAGUUUUUUGAGUUACCUUCUGUAAUUUCUAUUUUCCAAUGUAAAUGUAAAAAAAGACAUCAGAGUUACAACUGUUGAUUUAAAACUCUGCUUUUGGCUGAGGAUAGCUUUGCCAGCGUCAAACAGGUGAGCUCAGCAGUUGAUGGGUGUGAUAUGUGGAUGUAGUUUGUAUUUGUUGUGGACUGUGCCCCCUGAUGUAUACUGCUGGAUAGUGCAGGGAGCUGAAUGAGCCUUCAAACUGCCAAACUAUGACAGACUCUGCAAUCCACUGUGACUAUGCUCUUCCUCCUUCACACGUCUGGAUUUUUGUUUACUUUGAGGGCUAUGUGGGCUGUCAACUUGUGUUGAUUGGUUGAAAUAAAUGUGCAUGUUUUUCCUUAA